UCUAGGCCCAGGGCCCAGUGCGUCGCGCGACUUUGCGGUGAGAGGAUCAACGAGGAGCUAUCGAGCAGAAGGAGCACACGUUCGAGACUUUGGAACAUCAUUUAUCAUUAUCUCGAUCUCGACCUCUUUGCAAAACCUCCAAGAUCAAGCGGCGUCGUGAUCUCUCGAGUUUCGGCAUGGCUCCGGCAAUCAAGUUUCUUAUUCUCGCCUGCGCUCUGCUCGCCGCGACGAUGGCGGCCGAAUCGGACAACAGCGAGGGACAGCAAACCGGCAGAUCGCGGGUUUCUGAUGAACAAUUAAACAUAGCAUUGAGCGACAAGCGUUACUUGACCAGACAGCUGAAGUGCGCCCUGGGAGAAGCGCCAUGCGACCCGGUCGGACGACGCUUGAAAAGUUUAGUGCCGCUGGUUUUGAGAGGCUCCUGCCCGCAAUGCAGCCCGGAGGAGACACGUCAGAUCAAGAAGGUCCUUUCUCACAUUCAGCGAUCCUUCCCGAAGGAGUGGAGCAGGAUAGUGCAACAAUACGCCGGAGUUUUAUAAACGAGAUAUAAUAUAAGCCGACGACGAGGCUGAAUGUACAAAAAUAUAAUAAUGAAAAACACAAAAGAAUAUAUAAUAGGGAUAUAUUGACGUUUAUGAGGUGAGAAACAUCAUUAAUUAUACAUUCGUUCAUUCGACGAUAUUAAGUAUUGAAAAAGUAUAGUUUAGCCGAAAAUAUAAUUCAGCAGAAAAAAAUAUUUAAAUUAAAAUGCACACAUGUAUGUAUAUCAGAUAAAAAUAUGUUGAUACAUGUAAAAUAUGCAUUAAUGAUAUUAUCUGUUAUUUAAAAUGUUGAACAUGUAUAAAUAAACUAUAUGUACGUUUUGUUUAAUAUAUUUUAUUAAUAAAGA